GAGUCAAGCUCAAUCUCGAGUUGAGUUUACCCGAGUCGAGUUUUAACCGGAUCGAGCUCGAGUAGUUCUCGAGUUCCGUUGUCUCACCAGCAUAUUGUAAAGCAUGGCUGAUUUCAAAUCAAAGGUGAAUUGGUGAGCAAUACUCUCUCUGCAAUAUCAGAUAUUUAAGUGGCGGACUUUAGCUUUGUGGGUGUACUUUUGAGCAAAGAGAGACGCAUAAAAGGGGAAAAUGAGCCGUAACAAGAAGAACAUUAAAGAUGAGAAUGAUGAGGUUGAAGAAUUGCUCAGGGCUGCAGAGGACGCAGCUUUACUAAAAAUGAACCUCAACUCGCAUACUGUUCAUCCCUCCCCAUCUGAUUUACACCCGGACCUAGAGCAGCGAUUUCGGGAUCUUAAGUCUGGCUCUAAAUCAAAAGCAAAGCAAGAAAGCAUGACCAGAAAAAUGCCACAACCACAGCCUUCCCAAGUACCCAAAGAGGUUGAGGAGGAUGACUUAUUAUCUAGAUUCGCAGCUUUGAAGGCCUCUCUGCCCAGGCCAUCUCCCUCCAUUUCCUGUUCAUUAAUGGGUGCUGAGACCUCGGAUAAGCUUGCUGGUGGUAGUUUGGGCGGUGAAGCUAACAUAGAUGACGAUGAAGAAGACGAAGUUGAGAAGGUUAUAAGGUGGGCUAUGGAUGCCGCUCGUCUUGAUCCAUCUCCAUCUUCUGAUGAUGAGGAGAUUGAGGAUGAUACCAAAUCUGAUGAUGAUUCUGAUGACAAUGAGACCAGUGACGAGGAUGCUGAGACCUCGAAAAGGAAUCCAAAGGGACAACACAAAUAGUCCAUAUCUCUCAAUGUAGCGCUCAACAGAUUUCCGGGCAUCAAGCGACAUCAUCUGGAGCACUUGACGGUGGCCCUGAGGAUAGUUUUGAUUAACUGACAUCCCAAGCUUUACGUACUUGCGAACAUAAUUCUCAUAGAUGUAUGCCGCGCCAUUGAAGAUUGGUAACACCAACCACAUGCAAAACAAGAGCUUUACAUAUGGCCAGAAAGGAAGCCUGCAACAUUUUUUUGGUGAAUUUAUUUUAUUGACUUUCCAUUUUCUUAUGAGUUGAUUUAUGUAUGAUAAAAUCACAAUCACCAUGUAUAGAUUAAUUAAUACAAAUACCAUUGAAGGAUUGUCCAACAUGUGAGCUCAAAUAGAGUUGUCAAAGAAUAAAGAACCCAGUAUGUAAGCCAUUGUUGA